CGUUUGGGCACUUAUUCACAAAUUGAUACAGUCAAAUUAAUUAUCGUAGUUUCAGUUGUCUUCCCAUGUCGCUUGUUUAUGGUGUCAUGUGUUGUUGUGUUAUCAGCAUGUGCGGGUGAAUAAUCAAUCCGCCCGACGUGAAGCACUGGAGAAAACACAUACCCUGCGCUGGCUACUCAACGCCCACUUUAGGUAUUGCUCAUUUUGCGGUGGGGAAACUCCAUUCAUUGGGCUGGUAGGCAGACAGGCAAGCGCAGGAGCGGCCCCCACUCCAUCAGCGUCGCACUGUGAGCCAAACGAUGAGCUUUCACUGAAGACACCAGGCCACUUUCAACUGCAUUGUCGCAGUUAGCCGUUUCCCAAUUGGACCUACCAUCGGAUAAAACAGAAAACAUUCUUUCGGGAACGGAAUUUGAAUAUCUUGAUUGAUUGAACAACCAGAGCUGCUCUCUACGGUGCCCAACCUGCCGCGGAAACGGACUGACUUCCUAGUCGCCUGGUGCCGCAGACCGACCGCCUCAUUCGGCUCAUUCAAUCCGGACCCGUCCCCGCAGUGGUUCUGGCAUCUGGGCACAUCGGAACUGCUCUGUCUUCAUUGUAAAUACGCUAACGUGCCUGUGUGUGUCUUUGCUGCCUGUAUGAUGCCGACACAUUUGCGGUUCCGGAGAAGGUCAUUCCUUGGGCUUUUAUUCCUUUUUUCACUGUCCACCUCCGCAUUGUAUUUCAUCUAUUCCGCCCCUGGUAUCGUGAAUGAAUAUGUGUUCAUGGUCCAAGCCAGGGGGAUUCAGAUCAGAGAAAACAUGAAAAGCAUUGGAGCGCAGGUUCUGGAGCAGGUGGUGAGGGGGGCUUACAACAUCAAUGGCACAGACUAUUCCUACGACUUCAAUUUGAGUGAGAGUGAUGCUCCUCCCACCACAUACCUCCCUGAGGGCUUCACCUACCUCCCCUCACAGAUAUGCCCUGAGAGGCUACCCUCCAUGAAGGGCAGGUUGGAGGUGAAUAUGAGUGAGAUAUCCCUGGAGGAGGUGGAGAGGUCUUUGCUUGAGGCAGAGCCCAGCCUAGCCCUAGCAGGCUUUUGGAAGCCCAAAGACUGUCUGCCUCGCUGGAAGGUGGCAAUCCUCGUCCCGUUCAGGAAUCGUCAUGAACACUUACCCAUUCUCCUUAGACACCUCGUGCCAGUGCUGCAGAAACAGAGACUCCAGUUUGCCUUUUAUGUCAUAGAGCAGAUGGGUACAGAGCCAUUUAACCGAGCCAUGUUAUUCAACGUGGGCUACAAGGAGGCUAUGAAGGACCUGGACUGGGACUGUCUGGUCUUCCAUGAUGUGGACCACCUGAUGGAGAACGACAGAAACUACUACGGCUGUACAGACAUGCCACGCCACUUUGCCGUCAAGCUCAACAAGUAUUCCUACAUGCUUCCAUAUAAUGAGUUCUUCGGGGGUGUCAGUGGCCUAACAGUGAAGCAGUUCAGAAAGAUCAAUGGAUUUCCUAAUGCGUUCUGGGGCUGGGGAGGAGAGGACGAUGACCUCUGGAACAGGGUGCAAUUUGCCAACUACACAGUAAGUAGGCCACAUGGAGAACAGGGACGCUACAUGUCAAUUCCACAUCACCAUCGUGGAGAGGUGCAGUUCCUAGGAAGGUAUACUUUACUACGUCACUCUAAGGAGAGGCAAAAAGUGGAUGGGCUAAACAACCUGAACUACUCCCCCCUGGUGUCCAGGAGGCCUCUCUACACCAACAUCUCAGUCAGCUUGAGCAGAAACCUCGCCCCCAUAGCUGACUACUGACCGAGGCACAGCCGGGUUUGAAAAGCCCACCUGGGAAUCAAAGUCCUCUGGGACGUCAGCCAUAUCUCACAAGUCUCAGCACUGCUUAGGACUUUUUUGUCGUUCUGUUCUUUGCUUUCUUUCCUUUGUUUGUAUGCAAAAAAAAAAUGGAGACACAUAUAAGUAUGUUGGAUAAAUAAUUUAAAGAGAAUAGGUAUAAAUGCUGCACGUUUGUGCCACAAUCCAUCGCUCCUCUCAUUUUGGCUUCUUUAGUCUUCAGUCUCCACAUGCCUUUUGCACCAUUUUGGCCUUCAACAUUCUUUCAUUCAUUCAUUUGGUUAGUCGAUUUAUCAUUCCUCCCCUGCUUGGAUAUGAAAAUAGACUAUAACAGACAUACACACACAAACACAAACACACACACACACACACACACACACACACACACACACACACUGACAUAUGUGUGCUGACAUUGUCCCUGAGGCUUUGAUAUUAGUUAGCUCUUGCACUACUUAUUCUCACCAAUGCAGUAAACCUGUGAAAACCUUUGCAUGUAGACACAACCACAGAGCAACAGUCGACUCUUGCAGCUGGUUCUGCAGAAGGUAUGCCAAAUCUACAAAUGAGGAGCGUGAGAGGAAGUUAUAUAAAGAGUGAGUGUUUUCAGUCCUAAGAGAAAUCUUAUUCUAUCUUAAAAUAGUGAAAUAGUUGAUUUUAAGUUUAGACUAUAUUAACACCUUAACCAACCGUUACCAUCUAUGUUUUGUUUAGUUUUUUUUUGUUGUUGUUUUUUUUUUUCCUGUAUACAAACCAUUUUAAAACCUCUGUGAUGCUUGUGUUGCAUAUUUGCCUCAGAUGUUCUAGCUGCUUAGGGACUGGCUAUAUGUUUGAGAGUAAUGCUCAUAAUGUUAGCAAUAAGCUGUUCUGCAGCUAUCUGACGGCAGAACUUAGAUGUGACUUCCUCACUACACAGAUGCAAUAGCAUGGGUGCUAGCAUACCCUGAUUGAGGACGGGUGACUACAGAGAAGGAGUGACUGUAGUAAGCGUUGUUUUGUAUGCAAACCUCACAAUCGAUACACCCUUACCUAAGCAAACACGCCACCCAGUCAGAAACUGUGUCUGUGUGAGGGAGAGCUAUGCAAAUGGACAUGUAGGUAUCCUGUUGUCAGUGCUGGGUCUUCAAGGUGGCAUCCAGGAGACUUCAUCCCUGAAACUGUGACAGACUGACUUUAGACCUCACCUUGUGUGUGAUACGUUAGUCUAAAGCCAGAGACAGAGAAACGCUUGUCUUGUUUUAUGUUGGAUCCCAUACCCUUCAUUAAUGUUUACUCAUCUGCAUUGGCAUGAAUGAGAGUUGGAUGUAGAGAAUACUUGAUUGCUGUCACUGUGAAUGGUGUUUACAGCAGCUUCUGCUUUGUUAUUUUCUGAUCAGCAGUUGGUUGUGAUACAGUUUGCCAUCCCUUCCUCAUUGUGGUUGCUGUGAAAGAACUUUGUCUCUUCAACAAGCGAUCUAAGGCUGCCUUUAUGUUUAACUGACAGUUUCAUGUCUAGACUUGGAAAGGGGACAACAGAUCUGAAUGCUUUUCUAAGAGGUCACAUGAUCAGCCACUGCCUAGCUUUAGAAACUUGUGGCCCAGCCUUGGCCAAUGAGUGGUGCAGGUAAUUCAAACAUAUUGCUUUGUGGUGUCAGUGUCAGUAGUGGUUUUGUUGGGCGGCAUGCUGCCUCACGCGAUACAGUGAAACAUACUGGCAGUGCACAGCAGUUGCUAAAAUGUCCCUCUUAUUUGUGUUUGGCAGUGUUGAUUCUGAGGGAUAUAUCCCAAUACUGUUUAGUCCCUCUUAUAAACAUUUAUACAGACACUCUCACCUCACUAUGUCUGCCCUCUAGUCAUACAGCUACUUCAUUUCACACAGAUCGCCUUUUAUGCAUUUCUAAAGAUGUAUCUUUUUGGGAAAAUGUGGGUGAUUGACUGUUGUGUUCCCACAGCGAAAUAAGAAGUUAAGAGGCUGGACCUCAUUUUAUUUAUUUGAUCUUUUAUGGAUUAUUUCCUGUGAUUGUUUAGUUUCUAUUUUGCUCACAGUUCAUGUGAUGAUUAAAUAGAUGACAUAUGACAGACGGUAGAUGCACUGAAAAUUGUGGUUAUGUUCAUAUGUGUGGGGUUGGGAGGUUCAGGUCUGUGUGAAUGAGGGUUAUUUUCCGUUUCAGUCAGUGCUAAGCUGAUAUCUUCUUUCGAAGUUACAGAUGGUCUUUUGAGAUGGAAUGAGACCCGUGGCCUGGUGUGCAUCUGUCUGCUGAACAGACACUGCAGGGGGAAGCCAUUUUGUUUGACAACCGCAGGAAAAGAGACACGAAAUCAGGAAGUGCUGGUAGUCUCUGCCUUUCACUAAGCACCUCCUAUAUCCUAAUUGAUAAUCAAUGGUGCUGACCUUCCAGAGCUCCCAGUUGAGGGAGUCACUCACUAUGUGCUUUCUGGAAUCACUCCCAACAUCAUAAAGGCUACUAUAGAUGGUCAAACAUCCCUCUAAUUUCAUCUAGCACUUUCAUUGAACUGCAACCUGCAUACUAACGGGGCAGUUGCUGUUUGAUGCAUGUUGUAGAUCCGUUGCCUUUCAAUCCUGCCAGGUGAAACCAGUCAGAGUGUACUUGUUGUACUGGGUUCAUUCUCACAACCAGAAGCACGUGUUUACCUCCUAGCCAAUCAGUCUGGAGGUGCCUAGUGGAGGUCAUGGACAACAUCAGCAUACGUGUUAAGUUUUCUUUUCCAAGUGUGUUUGACUGAAAUGGCUGAACCUGUCAGUGUAGAUGUGUAUUAUCCUCUAUAGAUUUGUGUUGUUUUUUGUUUUUGUUUUUUUUGUUUUUUUUUUUUCCUUUAUUUUCUAGCACUGAUAAGAAACUGAUUUAUAGUGACCAGGUUGAACACAACUAGCAGUUCUUCUAAUCUUGACACUCACUUGAUACACUGUAUAUUACCUUUUUUUCCUUUUUUCAGUGCUUGAAAAGCUAGAUAGCUAUAUAUAACAAGAGGCAAAUGGGUUUAGUUUGACUACUGAAUUAAAGAAACAAGAAUAUGACACCGAGGUGAUCCUCAAUAUGAAGUGAGCCUCUGGAUGGCAUACUUAUAGUCAGUAUUGGGCUGUAUAAUCCACAGUGUAGAAGCAGUGGCUUAGCCAGCCAGCACACUUUCAAAAAGAUGGGUUUUCCAUGUCCACUAGAUUACUUAGUAACAGAGGUAAACAAGUCAGCAUUCUCAUGCUUUUAUGUAAAACAGGAAAUGGGCUAUGUUUUCAGUUGGUGGUAAGAGCUAGCUGACAAGUCAAUCCUGUUAGGUGCAUGGCCUCAACCCAGACCCAGACAAGGCCUGCUGCUCCCUAGAUAGGCUCCAUCCUACCAUAAUCUCAUCUCUCCUGAUCCAUUCUGUGCCAGUCUUAAUGACGGGACCACCCUGUGGACACCUGAUAAGACUGGCAGCCUUAAAGCUUGUUAAUUUAUUGCAGUGUUUUUCACUCGAGUUUUUAUUUUUUUUAUAAGCAGAAUCUAUUUAAAUUGAAAAAAAGUGCAUAUCAAGAGAUAAUGAAUAUUGUAAAUAUUGUCGUGUGUAGUGUUUUAGAAAUUCUGUAAGGUCUUAAAUCACUACAGAUGCUAGCAAAAUGAACAAGGCUUUGGAGUGGUUUGGCUGCGGAUAUCUGGUGCCAUUUAAGUGCUAGUGAAGCUCACAGUUACAUCAACAUUUUUUACAUCACUGCUUCCCAGCACAGCCUUUUUCAUUAGGAAUAUCUUGAUGUUGUCCUAUAAAUUUUAGAUUCCUCUCACAAUUUCAUAGCUAUUCUGUAUUCCAGAAGCUUCCCCUGUACUCUAUAUGCUGUAGCAAUCAAGGAGACACACUGUGGGAGACAUGGGCAUUGAUGUUCAGAUGAAGCGAAGAACCCUUGUUUCUGCGUAUGGUGUCUCUUUGAUAGUGACAGCUGCUGGGGUAAGGUGUAGGUCAAAGAAAAGCACUGUAGGAUGUAGAGAGCAAUGUGUCAGCCAAAAACACCAUAUGCUUAUGCUUAGAAUGAAACACAGGCACCCAAACCACCGACACAAUCCACUCCAAAAUCUACACUGAUGACUUUUUGUAUGAAAGUUAACUUAAAAAAAAAACAAAACAAAAUAAAGAUGAGUCAAUUUAAAAUAUAUCUUCUCUGAUUGUAAGGAGACCAUUCUCCUUGAAUUGAAGCCAUUUGAAGCCACUUGUCAAAACUUGAUGUCAGCCUUAUGUGUAUCCGUUUGUGUAUCAGCAUAUUAUCUUUUGAUUAUGGAAAUUUGUAUGAUGGAAAUUUUCUUUUAUACCAUCAUUGUUAUUGUCAAAGUACACCAAUAAAAUGAAACUUGAAAAGUUA